AUGCAACAGAGAGCCCUGAACAUGAGGAGGAGCCGACACCGCGCCAACAUGGGACUUCUCGAGCUUUUCAGAUGGCUUGUAUUCACCGUGGCGGUGCCCGCCUGGCUGCUUGCUGCUCCGAGCGCCAUCCGAGAGCGUCCCUGCCCACAGAGCUGUAGAUGUGAUGGGAAAAUAAUAUACUGUGAAUCCAACGCCUUCCGCGACGUGCCAAGCAACGUGUCUGUAAGCACACAGGGCCUCUCCCUGCGCUACAACAGCCUGGCCAACCUCAGAGCCCACCAGUUUGCAGGCCUGAGUCAACUGGUUUGGCUCUACCUCGACCACAAUUACAUUAAUGCUGUGGAUGGCCAGGCUUUCCACGGGAUACGCAGGCUCAAAGAACUGAUUCUCAGCUCGAAUAAGAUCACGCAGCUGAAGAACAACACUUUUCACGACGUCCCGAAUUUACGCAAUCUUGACCUUUCCUACAAUAAACUGCAGGUUCUCCAGCCCAAUCAGUUCGUGGGUCUACGAAAGCUCCUCAGUUUGCACUUGAGGUCAAACUCCUUAAAAACUGUCCCGAUGCGAGUUUUUCUUGACUGCCGCAACUUGGAGUUUCUUGAUAUUGGCUACAACAGGCUCCGGAGCCUCACACGUAAUGCCUUCGCAGGACUCCUUAAGCUCAUCGAGCUUCAUCUGGAGCACAACCAGUUCUCAAAGAUAAACUUUGCUCAUUUCCCCCGCCUGACUAACCUGAGGGCGCUCUAUUUGCAGUGGAACCGUAUCAAACUGCUGACCCAGGGCCUGCCGUGGAUGUGGACUUCCUUGCAAAAGCUUGACCUCUCAGGAAAUGAGCUCCAGGUGUUGGACCCGAGCACAUUUCAGUGCCUCCCUAAUCUGCAGACUCUUAACCUGGACUCCAACAAACUCAGCAACGUAUCCCAGCAGACGGCGGAGGCUUGGAUCUCCCUCACCACCAUCAGUCUGGCUGGUAAUUUGUGGUACUGUAACCCCAACAUAUGUCCUCUGGUGGCCUGGCUCCAGGCCUUUAAGGGCAACAAGGAGUCCACUAUGAUCUGUGCGGGCCCUAAGGAGGCACAAGGAGAGAAGGUGACCGACGUGGUGGAGACUUACAACAUCUGUAGAGCGACACCAACCCCCAUCCCCUCAACGACAUCGCCCCUCACUUCUGCAUUUCAACCCGAGCUGCCGCCUCUCCCCACGCGGUCUGUGGGGGAUAAGAAGCCGAUCUGGAACGGGACAGCCUCCCCUGCUCCCUCCGAGGCCUCCCCCACCGUCCCUCUGCCAGACACUGAGUACGUGUCCUUCCACAAGAUCAUAGCCGGAAGCGUGGCCCUCCUCUUAUCUGUGGCUAUAAUUCUGCUGGUUAUCUACGUCUCAUGGAAGCGCUAUCCCAGCAGCAUCAAACAGCUUCAGCAGCGCUCGGCGGUUAAAAAGCGGCAGAAAAAGGCUCGGGAGACCGAGCGCUCCCUUAAUUCGCCGCUGCAAGAGUACUAUGUGGACUACAAGCCCUCACACUCAGAGACUAUGGAUGUGCUGGUUAAUGGGACAGGACCUUACACAUACACCAUCUCAGGCUCCAGGGAAUGCGAGGUUCCACGGCAGCUGAGCGCUCUGACGUUGUACAGGUGUGAGCAGUCGGUUGUGGAUUACUGCCACGCCCACCUGUCACUGCACCUCAACAUGGGCGUGGAGCCCCCGACUCGGGCGCUGGGAGGUCCGAGGCCAGCCAAGUACCGCCCGGGCCUAAUGGCUGCCCUCCCCUCUGAGCCUGUGCUGCCUUGCCCCCAGACCCACUCCCUCCACCAGUGA